CACAGCAGAAUUUGUGAUUUUGGAUGGAGCAAGCACCUGUUGAAAUGUAAGUGAUCAAAAUAUUUAAAAAAUAGACCAGCCCCAACCGAGAAGAAUGGUGCGGUCCAAAUUGGACCUGCCCAAAUUCCAAUCAAUAAUUCUCCUCCACUUGUCCUCCAUCAUCAUCUCCAGACAAAAGGAGAAACAGAGCUGAGGAGAGACGUUUUCAUACCACUCUCUCAAUUCAUAGGCCGCCUCGGUAUGCUACACGCCACUCCCACACCACUCCCCUGCCCCGCCACCACCACCCUCACCCCUACCCCUACCCCUACCCCUACGAACUCAAACCCAAACCCUAACCCUAGCCUCCGCCCCUUCCGCCGCCGCUUCCUCGCCGUCCCCGCCGCCCUCUCGUACUCCGCGCGAACCAGACCCGCCAUGGCCGUCGCCUCGGCCUCUCUUGUGGGGGGCGGGCGCAAAACCCUAAUGGAGUACGUCGGCGGUGGCGGGGGCGGGGACAGGGUCGGGGACGACCUCGCCGUGCUCCUCGCGCACGUGCAGUGCGCGUGCAAGCGGAUCGCCGCCCUCGUCGCUUCCCCCUUCAACGCCGAGCUCGGCCGAGGCGCCAUGGCUUCUGCUGCGGCUUCGGCGGCGGCGGCGCGCGAUGAUCCGAAGCCGCUUGAUGUAGUUUCGAAUGAGAUUAUACUCUCCUCGCUCAGAAAUUCCGGAAAGGUUGCAGUUGUGGCGUCCGAAGAAGACGAUCUUCCGGUUUGGAUAGCCGAUGACGGCCCAUUCGUUGUCGUCACUGACCCUUUGGAUGGUUCGCGAAAUAUCGAUGCCUCUAUUCCCACUGGGACCAUAUUUGGGAUAUAUAAUAGGCUUGCGGAAUUAGAUCAUCUGCCUGUGGAAGAGAAGGCACAGCUCAAUUCCCUACAAAAUGGAGCGCGACUUGUUGCUGCCGGCUAUGUGUUGUAUUCAUCUGCCACCAUUUUGUGCAUUAGCUUUGGGUCGGGAACUCAUGCAUUUACUUUAGAUCAACUAACCGGAGAGUUUGUUCUCACACAUCCAGGCAUACAAAUUCCUCCAAGGGGACAGAUAUAUUCCGUGAAUGAUGCGCGAUACUUCGACUGGCCCGACGGCUUAAGGCAAUAUAUUGACACGGUGAGACAAGGCAAAGGCCAAUUUCCUAAGAAGUACUCGGCUCGCUAUAUCUGUUCUCUGGUCGCCGAUUUUCACCGCACUUUGAUGUACGGUGGAUUGGUGAUGAACCCAAGGGACCAUCUUCGCUUAGUCUACGAGGCUAACCCACUCAGUUUUCUCGUGGAGCAAGCUGGAGGUAGAGGGUCAGAUGGUAAAACGCGGGUCCUUUCGAUUCAGCCAGUCGAGCUGCAUCAAAGGCUUCCCCUGUUUAUGGGGAGCUUAGAGGAUAUGCACGAAUUAGAAAGCUAUAGAAAUAUCCAGCAGAAGAUAAAUCCUGGGUACGAGGUUUGAUGGUCGUAAUUUUUUGAAUCUCAUAGGAAAGCACCUUUUUUUUUUUUUUUUUUUCCUUCUUUUGUUACCCAGUAGAUUGUGUUGAUCUUAUCCCUGUUUGUGAUGGUAUCUAGAAACAAACUUCUUGUUGUUCACUCGUAUGUAGAAAUGUGGAAAUUUUCACUACGGUAAUGUAUGUAUGUUGCUGUACCAGUUGGGUUAAAUCUAAUUUAUUUCUCAUUAAGAGGUUCUCAA